AGGCCUACUAGUCUAUAGAUCUAUCACUGUUUUUAGUUUUCUCGAGGCCUAAAAAAAUGAAAUACCUAAAAUGUAUUAGGCCCCUGCCCUAGUAUAAGUAUAAGUAUAGAUUUCUAGAUCUAGAAUAGAUCUCUAGUUGGUUGGUAGGCUUUUUAAAAAUAAUGUUUUUGAAAAAUAACUUUUAGAAUGUUUCAAUGUUGUUACUUUGAUAACAACUAAUCACUGUUUACUACUUUUUAGUAAAUAAAAGGUUACAAAUAAUACAAACAUUACAUUAAAAUUAUUUUAUGAUAUUAUUUUUUAUUAAUGUUAUGAACAACCAAACUCUACUAAUAACUAGUGAAGACUUCAUUUAAACUAAAAGGAUUUUAAGGCCAAGUCAAAGCAAAAAUGAGCUGGAACCCAUUCAGUAGAUCAUCAUCUGCCCAGAAGAAACCUGUCAUCUCUAGAAAUGAACAGAAAGAAUUUGACAACGUGGUCAAAAAGUUGGAUGAAUUGGAAGAACUGACAAGACGCCUGUACAAAGACAUGAAACGCUUGAAGGAAUCAAAUAAUGCUCUGUCAAAAGUUGAGCGCAAACUGUCGCAAGACUUGAUGAGCACUCAGCUGUGCCAGUCAGACGAGCACUUUAAGAGGCUGAUAGAUGAGUGGGACUCGGCGCUACUUAGGAUGGACAUGCACAUGACAGAGAAGAAUGUAUUGUUGCAAAGAACUGUGUUGGAACCACUAAAAAAGUAUGUUAGUAUAUUCCCUUAUGCUCAAGUUGCAAUUAAAAAGCGUGAACAAAGUUUACAGGAAUUCCAAAAAUGUCAAGACAAGUUUGUUAAGCAACAAGAAACAACACGGACUGGGCAGAAUGUGGUCAAGCUUGAUAUGCAAGGAACAAAACCAAAUCAAGGAUCCAUAAGCAAAAAAUUUUUCAGCCAACCCUGCAGCAUAGAGCAGAGUAAAAAAGCCUUAGCAGCAGCACAAGCAGACUUCAGCAGUCAAAACACGGCUUUAAUGCAAGACAUUCCUAAGAUGAUUGAAAACAGAACUGAUUACUUCCAGCCUUCACUGGAAGCUGAUAUCAAAGCGCAGGUCCAGUACACCACAGAGGCAGUAAAAGUGUAUGGAGAGCUGUCUUACUUAAUGAACGGCCAUAACGAGCAGUCCAAGCAUGAUUAUGUUUCACAGAUUCACCGAGCACUUGCUGACCUCAAGGCUUUAUCAAUAACUGCUGACUAACUGUGAUACGCUCAAACAGCCUGGACUUUGUGAUAAAACAUGUGUGCCUGCUUACUGUAUGUGUUUACCUGUGUUUGUUUACAUCAUGUGUUUACCUGUGUUUGUUUACUGCAUGUGUUUACCUGUGUUUGUUUACAUCAUGUGUUUACCUGUGUUUGUUUACUGCAUGUGUUUACCUGUGUUUGUUUACUGCAUGUGUUUACCUGUGUUUGUUUACUGCAUGUGUUUACCUGUGUUUUGUUUACUGCAUGUGUUUGUUUACUGCAUGUGUUUACCUGAGUUUGUUUACUGCAUGUGUUUACCUGUGUUUGUUUACUGCAUGUGUUUACCUGUGUUUGUUUACAUAAUGUGUUUACCUGUGUUUGUUUACAUAAUGUGUUUACCUGUGUUUGUUUACAUAAUGUGUUUACCUGAGUUUGUUUACUGCAUGUGUUUACCUGUUUGUUUACAUAAUGUGUUUACCUGUGUUUGUUUACAUAAUGUGUUUACCUGUGUUUGUUUACAUAAUGUGUUUACCUGUGUUUGUUUACUGCAUGUGUUUACCUGUGUUUGUUUACAUAAUGUGUUUACCUGUGUUUGUUUACAUAAUGUGUUUACCUGAGUUUGUUUACUGCAUGUGUUUACCUGUGUUUGUUUACUGCAUGUGUUUACCUGUGUUUGUUUACUGCAUGUGUUUACCUGUUUGUUUACAUAAUGUGUUUACCUGUGUUUGUUUACAUAAUGUGUUUACCUAUGUUUGUUUACAUAAUGUGUUUACCUGUGUUUGUUUACAUAAUGUGUUUACCUGAGUUUGUUUACUGCAUGUGUUUACCUGUUUGUUUACAUAAUGUGUUUACCUGUGUUUGUUUACAUAAUGUGUUUACCUGUGUUUGUUUACAUAAUGUGCUUACCUGUGUUCGUUUACUGCAUGUGUUAACCUGUUUGUUUACAGAAUGUGUUUACCUGUGUUUUAUUUACAUCAUGUGUUUACAUCAUGUGUUAACCUGUGUUUUGUUUACAUCAUGUGUUAACCUGUGUUUACAGAAUGUGUUUAUCUGUGUUUUGUUUACAGAAUGUGUUUACCUGUGUUUGUUUACAUCAUGUGUUAACCUGUGUUUACAGAAUGUGUUAACCUGUGUUUCAGCAUGUUUAUUAAUGGCCUUGAUCCUGUAUGCUGUCCCAUGUUUAUACAGACAUGCUGUUGUUUUUUUGGCUAAGAUUUAUUUAUUGUUUUACUGGGCCAUCAACUUUCUACACCACUAUCCAGGGAUUUAAAAAUGGAAGAUAUUCAAAUUUGACUUGAAAAUCAAAAUAGAAGCCUUGAGUGAUAUAGAUACCCAAUCAGCUUAUUGACUGAGUUCACCGGUUUGGUUAUGAAAUGCUACUUGAAUCAGCUGCUGAUUCAGAUUUUAUCAGAGUCAAACUGGACAAAUAACAAAAACAUUUUUUAUCAUUUAGAACUCAAGUUUUAGUUUUUUUUAAUUGAUUAAUUACACUAUAACUUAUUACAAACUUUGCCUUAAAGAGCUGAUUACAUUUUUUUUAAACCUUCUCACUAUUUUAAAUAUCAGCUUAUUGAAAUGUAUUGAAACAUAUUUUUAUGUACUCUAACUAGUUUAUUUUUUCUUUUGUGGGUUUUUUUUUACACUGAACAAUACUUUUCAAACUUUGAUGUGCCUGCUAAAUAUUUAUUACACUUUUAUUCCAAUGUUAAUGACUGUUUAUGUGAUAUUUUUCUUGAGGUUUUUCAGUCAAAAAUGUAAAAUCAGUGCAAUGGAAUCAAUGGUUCCCAAACUUUUUUUUGCAUACCCCUUGACCAUAUUUUCACACCUUACCAGUGAGUCCAUAAAAAAACUAAUUUAAUUACAUUUGUGGAAAGUAAUCUUAAUGUAAUUUAGCUAUGUGUUUAUGAAAAAGUAUUCAUAAGUAAACAUUCCAAAGUUGAUCAGCUAGAGUAUCCAAGGCAGUUCCUUGAAUUAGGUGACACUCAUUUUUUCCCACUUGUAUUUUCUUUCAAAUUUGUACUGGUGGAGCAGUUUUUUUUUAAAUUUUACCAUUGUUUGAAUUGUAUACCUCUACAUAUCCCUGGGGGUAUGCAUACAAAAAAGUUAUGAACCAUUGAUUUUCUUGAGUGCACUGAGGUGAACUAUGUUUAUAAGAAGUUUCUGCAUCAAGGUCAUGGGGAUGAGAUCAUCACUAAGGGGUCAUCCAUUUAUGACAUCCACAAUUUUUAAAUUUUUUUAACCCCCCCCCCCUUCCCAUCCACUUAUUUCCCUUAUAAAAUUCAAUACGUGUGCACGUCAUAACUGGAUGUCCCCUAAGCUAAAUAUUGCUGUCUUCAUUUAGUCUCCAGGAAAUUGAUUUGGAUUAUUUGCUAUGUUGUGUUAUUGUCUUCUAAAUAGAAUUAAUUCACAAGCAUAACAAAUCUCAAGUAUUAGACUGUCAUUGCUUUCACAUUCCCAUGUUACAUGGUCUUGCCUUUGUAAGACCUCUAAUUGUAUUCACCCCAUUCAUGUAAGAAAACUCCUGUCAAACUUGUGUUCACUCUUGCAAAAGCAUUCUAAACAUUUCGUUUGUAGAAAACAAUGUAACUUAGAUUUGUUAUUUUAUUUUACAAAACAUAGCAUCCUAUGUUCUUGAAUUAGAUUUUUAUUAUUCUAUUGAUUUGUUUUUAACUAAAUAUCUCUAUGCAGAUUGUAUGUCCCUAAAAUGUCCCUUAUUUCCCAUGUGACAUUAAUUUCUAUAUUUAUAUUGUGCUCUGGUACAGCCAACUGCUAGAUCACCGAGGUGCUGGUUCAUUUUUCUCUCUGUGAUGCUAUUCUUUACCUUCAUUUUGGUGUCAUUUUAAAGAAAAUUUAUACUCUGUAUUAUUACUAUUUUGCCUAAAAUUAACUUUCUUGAUAUUGAUGAAUGCAAUAACUAAAAAUAUGUUAAAUUGUUGUGUAAACCAAUAUUUCUUUCAUUUCCCAUCAUGCAUGUCAAAUACUAAAGCUCAUGUAUUUGUGUAGCACAAUCACAAAAUACCACCACCUAUGUGCCUGAUAAGCUCUCAACAAAAAUAUACUCUCCAUCUCUGGCAGCAUAACCCUUGAACCUGCUUAAAAAAUCAUCUCCCUUGCAUGCUGAUCACUAGACAUGUCAUCACUAACUCACCCCAUAGACUUACAACUGUUAAGUCUGUUUUAUAUUCUUAGGGGUUGUUUUAAAACUUGACUUGCAAUUCAUCACUACUACCAAAACGUUUACUGUUAUAUAUCAAAAUCAGUUUUUUUGUGAAGCUAUACUUCAUGGAAUUUCUAUUUCUUUAAAUAAAUAGAAUAAUCGCAAACUACUGCUUUUAAUUUUAACUUUUUAUAUAUAUGAUAUGAAUGAUG